ACUCUCCACUAUACAAAACCACUCUCUCUGGCUUUCAACCAUACUCUCACUCUUAUUCUUCUCACUUUAUUCCUUUCUCUUCUCCAAAACUUCUCUCCAAUGGCCGCAAAAUCGAUCACACCCGACGGCGUUUCGACGCUCCUCGCCAACCCUUCCCCAGAUUCUCUGUCGGAUCUUCCCGACAUUGUUGUUCAAAUAGUUGAUCUCAAGCCCAGCGGCAACAGAUACAUGUUCUCGGCCAGUGAUGGGAAAAAGAAACUGAGGGCAAUUCUUCCUUCGAAUAUGUAUUCCGAGGUUCUCUCUGGGAACAUUCAAAACCUAGGUCUUGUUCGAAUUCUUGAUUACACUCUCAAUGACAUCCCUAACAAAUCUGAAAAGUACCUUAUUGUCACGAAAUGUGAGCCGGUAUCUCCCGCUCUUGAAAAUGAGAUCAAGUGCGAGGAGCCUGGUAUUCUUUUGAAACCCAAAGAAGAGGUUGGAUUGAAGACUGACGGUGAUGCUGGUAUUGUUUUGAAGCUAAAGCAGGAAGUGGUGACAAAAUCUGCUGCGCAGAUUCUAAAUGAUCAACAUAGAAAUUCGGCUCCUGCUGCACGCUUGGCAAUUACGCGUAGGGUGCGUCCACUCGUUUCGUUGAAUCCUUAUCAGGGUAAUUGGACGAUAAAAGUUAGCGUUAGUAACAAAGGAAACAUGCGUACCUAUAAGAACGCUAGGGGUGAAGGUUGUGUAUUCAAUGUUGAAUUGACGGACGAAGAAGGUACUCAGAUCCAGGCAACCAUGUUUAACGAUGCCGCCAGAAAAUUUUACGACAAAUUUGUUCUGGGAAAGGUUUAUUAUAUUUCGAAGGGGACACUAAAAGUUGCCAACAAACAGUUCAAAACUGUUCAAAAUGAUUAUGAAAUGACGCUCAACGAGAAUUCUGAGGUGGAAGAGGUGGCGGGUGAAGCAAGUUUUGUCCCGGAAACAAAAUUUAGCUUUGUCCAGAUUGAUCAGCUAGGCCCUUAUGUCAACAAGUCUGAACUUGUGGAUGUAAUUGGAGUUGUUAAGAAUGUGUCUUCAACAAUGAGCAUUCGUAGGAAGAGUGACAAUGAGAGCAUUCCAAAGCGCGACAUUACUAUCGCUGAUGAAACGAAGAAGACGGUAGUUGUGUCGUUGUGGAAUGAUCUUGCUACUAACACAGGACAAGAUUUACUGGACAUUGCUGAUCAAUCUCCAGUUGUUGCAAUCAAGUCUCUAAGGGUUGGGGACUUCCAAGGUGUUUCUUUGUCAACUAUAAGCAGAAGUGUAAUUCUGGUAAACCCAGACGUACCCGAAGCAAAGAAACUCAGAAGCUGGUAUGAAUCUGAAGGCAAAGAUGCUUCAAUGGACUCUGUAGGUUCUGGUUCAAGUCCAACAUCUAAUAAUGGAAUUAGAUCAGUGUACACUGAUCGUGUUCCACUUGCUCACAUAACCUCCGACCAAUCAUUGGGAGAGACGAAGCCUGCGUUUUUCAGCGUUAGAGGAUAUAUAAGCUUCAUAAAGCCUGACCAAGCAAUGUGGUAUCGUGCCUGUAAGACAUGCAAUAAGAAAGUUACUGAAAACAUUGGUUCUGGAUAUUGGUGCGAAGGAUGCCAGAAAAGCGAUGAACAAUGCAGUUUAAGGUAUAUUAUGGUUGCCAAGGUUUGCGAUACAAGUGGUGAGGCUUUCUUCUCCGUCUUUAAUCAGGAAGCUGAGAAGAUUGUUGGAUGCUCUGCAGAUGCUUUAGAUGACCUUAAAUCACAAGAAGGAGAAGAUAAUCCUUAUAAUCUGAAAUUGAAGCAAGGAACUUGGGUUCCGCAUCUUUUCCGCGUCAGUGUUACCCAGAACGAGUAUAAUAACGAGAAGCGGCAAAGGAUAACGGUUCGAGCAGUUGUUCCUGUUGACUUCGCUGCUGAAUCAAGGAUGAUGCUGGAAGAAAUAUCAAAGAUGAGAGCAUAAGAGAUCGAUACGCAGAUUUACAGUUUGUAGAUUCCUUUUAAACGCUUUUUGAGUAAUGUUACUGGUUGUAAUUAUUAAUUCCUUAUGUGGUUUAUCAUACAUUUUGCUGACAUCUUCAUGUGGUAUGAUAUUGGCGAAAUUUUAGUCAUACACAUUUUCAUGAUUU